UAGAUAUCAAGUCUUAGUGCAACGGUCGGGGACGUGGCUCUGCAAAGGUUCAAGGUUCAGCCACAACACUAUCAAAGGCUCCAGUCAGCUGAAUAGUGCAGAUAAUGGGGUGUUGGCCUCAUCUUGUGGGAUGACAUGGCUAGCCUUGUCUGCCCUGACCUCCAGACCUACUAGUAUUCGUUUGACCAGGAGCUAUAGACACUACACAUUGUGAAAUUAUCGUGCGAGCCUUGCCUCUCUUUGUCUGCGCAUUUAUUGGGUCAGGUUAUCAUGUUUGACUUGCUUUCUUUUCAACAACACAAACAAUAUCACAAUCGUUAUUUUUCUCACAUCUUACACUUACACACUGUCGCUCACCACCCCUCAUUCUUGUUACCAUACACAAAGCAGCUUUCAUCAGAAAUCAUCAGGGGUGCGUCUCAAUUUAUUAACAAGCCUGUUCAUUACAAGGCAUUUCCGACGUGUGCGGCUCUACAAUAUAACACAAGACAGUCCUUGAAACAUUUGCAAGAACGGAAGAGAACACGAUGAGUGACAAUCUCUCAAUUUCCAAUUUGCCUGGCCAGAGGUGGAAAAUCUCUCCUCCGCCUCCAGAGCUGUUACACAGUCCACCUGAAACCUCGCAUGAGAUCGAAAGUAUACUGGAAAGUUCCAUGGAGCAACUACAUGCCUUGUUUGAAUACGAAGCUCGCCUAGAACGGCAACAACAACUUGCAGAAGAGAGGAGCCGUCUGGAACGACAACGAGUUGCCGCCGUAGAAAAUAGUUUCCAGCAACAACAGGAACGGCAUCUGCUUGCAAUAUUGAGGCAAGGCUCGGAACGGGAACUCCCUGUAGAAAACUCCCCAGGACACCGAGGAAAUGUUGGCGCCCCAGCAAACAUGUCAAAGGGAAAGGGGAAAAACACUCAAGAAUCCCCAGAGAAUGUGCCAAAUGUAGACUCUCAACCGAGUGUCGUUGCACCACCUCUCCAGACCCAGGGGUACAUAUCUACAUCGGCUCCAGGGAAACAAGUAGCGCCAGCCAAAACCCCCGCAGCUCCUAUGGUGAGUCCGCCAGUUCGCGAAGAGGUUUCGUUUGCAGCCCGAGAAGAACCACCAGCGUUCCAAAAGAGUCGAUCAGUGUCCCCGAAGAGCCCCCCGGCAUAUGCGGAGUCUUCUUCAGCGGCCGCGGCAAGACCACCAGCGGCUAUGAAGGGUUCUCCCACAUCUGCGGGGUGCCCACCAGCGGAUACAGGGGGUUCGUCGUCACGUAAAUGGAGCCUUCGUCUUCUCCGGCCAUAUGUGACGACCGUGUUUAAGCCUGGGGGUCGAUCAGGCCGGGGGAUCUUGUCUAGGCGUACUAAGGAGUCUACCUCACAAACGGGGGAAUGCGUAUCAUGCAUGGAUGAUUUUUGUGUUCAAGAGAUGGUGCCUUUGACGUGCCAUGCUUACUGCAGCCCGUGCUUCACCCUUCUUAUUGAGACAUCAAUUUCAACAGAGACCUCUUGGCCACCCAAAUGUUGUCUGAAUGUGAUCCCAAGAUCAUUGAUUAUGAGCAACCUCCAUGGCAAGCUAAAGACACGAUACGAAACCAUGCUCGAAGAACGCUCUAUCGCAAUUGAAGAUCGAGUUUACUGCUCUAAACCUUCAUGCGGCUCCUGGAUUCCGCAUCACAAAAUUGACAAACCCCUAAUCCUGGCACGUUGUGCCCGAUGCCGCCACAAAACCUGCAUGAUAUGCCGGGGCUCUUACCAUUCUAAUGGGGAAUGUCCUGAGGACCCCAGCCUGAGAGAGACCAUACAAUGUGCCCUCAACGCAGGCUGGCGCCGCUGCUACAAAUGCAAUGCCCUCGUCGAGCAUGCUCAGGGGUGCAGUCACAUGACCUGUAAUUGCAAGGCGCAGUUCUGCUAUACAUGUGGCCUCAAAUGGAAGACUUGUACAUGUACUGAGAUCGAGCUAGAGGCAUACUUGAUCUCUGCCGACUGGCGGAGAGAAACCGCAGCAUCCCAGGCUCAAAUUAGGCAGGCGGCCUAUGCGGCGCUGGACAGGGAGGUACGAGCCGAUCAGACCGAGCAUGCCAACGAACUUCGAGAGACUCUGAACCUGUUGGAGAAUUUUGAGGAGAGAACUCCAGCACAGAGAGCUGCGGAAGAGAGGGCAUUUGCCGUGGUGGCCGAGCGAGAGGCUGAGCAGGACCGUUCCCGGGAUUUCGAAGUCAAAUUACAGAGGCUGCGUGAAGAGAUGGACCUUGUACAUUCUAUCCAACAGAUUGCGAAUUUUGAUCGCUUCGAGACGGAGAAUGAGGCGCUUGCAGAUGCGGCUAAAGAGGAGUUAGCUCACAUCGACGAUUAUUUCCAUGCGCUGUCUCUGGAGGAAAAGGAUGGCAUGGUGGGUGAGUAUUUAAUACUCCUCAGACGAGCCGGCAUGGAACUUACUGAUGAAAUGAUGAAUGGAGCUGGUAAAAAGGUGGAUAUGUCAAAAGCAAUUGAUGAACAAAUAGCACACGAAUUAAGACCCAGCAUUCUCAAGAGCCCUGCAGAACUCACAAGAGUAAAGGAAGAAACGGCAAGAUACAUAGAAUUCUUCAAACGACAAGGCAAGGAACCUACUGAGCAUCUCAUCAAUGUAGCGCACAGAGGAGCGGCAAGAAGAACGGUGAAGAUGCACCAAUUGGCGCGAGAGGCAAGGCACGACCAACAGAGUGAUAAGAUUAAUGCGAGGCUGGAAGCAGAGCAGGAGCGGCUCAGAGCUGGGCACCAGACGGAUAUGAAAUGGUUUGAGGAAAUCGCGACGGUUAGAGAUGCACUACUGGUGCAGAUGACGGUGGAUGAGUAUUCGUUGUAGCCGUGGAUGGUGUCUAAUGAGCGGACUUAGAGAGCGCGGGUUUGUUUAAGGAAUGUGGUCUCAUCUGAAACGUUACAGAUCUCCCAAAAUAGAGACCAGAUUACCUUUACUGUUUAGGUUUACUGUUGGGUUUAGUCUUUAGGUUUGCAAACUCUUCGCUGAGUAAGAUGCAAUGGCUUGUGGAGAGAUAUGAGUGUUGAGUCGAGAGUGGUGAGCGUUGAGUGGUGAGGAUGAGAAUGAGAGUGAUGUAGUCGGGAUAGAAUUGCACUGUCGACAGUACGUACCCUUCCCGCCGCAUCCCUGGACGUCGAUUGGCAAGAUCGUAUGGAGAUGGGAUAAUUAUUAGACUUUAG